UCCAGCAUCGGGGAGUAUGGGAGCGUGGGAGACUCUUCGUGCCCGCGGUUCUCGGUUUCGAGUCUCGGUCGGGCAUCACUUUCUGUUGCUUCUGUUUGAGUAGCAGGAGGCUUUUAAGAUCAUUAGUCCCGGAGUGGUAAGUGGGACCCGUCGGCCCGGGAGUCGGCCCUUCCGAGGCUGGGCCUGGGAGAGGAGCCGUUGGCUCGGGUCUUAAAGGCUUUGGGGAAGCGAGGACGCCUAGGGGUGCGUGGAGGAGCUUUGCAGCCGAAUUGGCCCUUCCAAGGACUAUCGUCUCCCCUUCUGGCUGUGUCCUGAAGUCCCCGUGGCGACUUGAAGAAGGCAUUCCCACCCACCGAGAUGGCGUCCACCCUCCCAGUAGUGGAGGCCCAGGGACCAAUGCUGUUUGAGGAUCUGGCUGUGUAUUUUUCUCAAGAGGAGUGUGUGAGUCUGCACCCUGCCCAGAGGUCCCUCAGCAGAGAUGCCACACAGGAGUGUUUCGAGGAUAUGGCCUUGAUAGGAGGGGAAGGCAAGACUGACAUUAAUCAGCAGGUAAAUGUAGAAUCUAUGGGACGUGAAGAGCUUGCCCUAGAAAAGUACUCCAUUGCCGUGCCCCUUGUCUGUUACCCAGAAGAAUCCUCUGAGAAUGGAGUUGGAAACCUUGAAAGGAAAAUAUCAGGUGGAACUUCUGCUUGCAAGAAAAGGUUCAUAAGCCUUUUAGUUACCAUUGAAAACCAUACCCCAUUAAUAGAACUAUCUCAAUGUUUAGGAACCAGAGCACUUUCUGAAAUUCUUGAAUGUCCUGGGGAAGAAGCCAAAAAUUCCUUCAAGUGUCCUGAAUGUGACCAAAGCUUCAGUGAUAAUUCACACCUUGUUUUGCAUCAGAAAACGCAUUUGGGAGAGAAAAAGUAUACAUGUAGUGACUGUGGGAAGAUUUUCAAUCAUAGAGCCAACCUGAGGACACACAGGAGAAUCCAUACUGGCGAGAAGCCUUAUCAGUGUGCUGAAUGCGGCAGCAGCUUCCGCCAACACUCGCAUCUGUCUCGGCACAUGAAUACCCACAAGAAGGAGAAGCCCUACACAUGUGGCAUAUGUGGGAGAGGUUUUAUGUGGCUCCCAGGAUUGGCACAACAUCAGAAAACCCACGCUGCCAAAAAAGCCUAUGAAUGUACUAACUGUGGUAAACAUUUUGGUCGGAAAGCAAAUCUUGCUUUGCGUGAGAAAAUGCACUCAUCAGCCACCCAGUACCGGUCCACUCAGUGUGUGAAAUGCUUCAGGCAGCCUUCACACCCUGCCCUCCCUGAGAAGGGCCACAAGGAUGAUUCUGAAUACUGUAGUGAUUGUAGGGAAAAUUUGCUUUCAUUCUCAAAAUUCAAACCCUUAAAAUGUCCUGAGUGUGCAAUGACCUUUCUUCGUAUUUCUGAGCUUAUUUCCCAUCAGAGCAUUCAUAGAGGGGAAAAGCCCCAUACAUGCAAAACAUGUGCAAAAAGUUUUAUUUUGGGCUCAGAGCUUGCAUGCCACCAGAAGAGCCACACAGGAGAGGAACCUUUUAGAUGUACCAGGUGUGGGAAAAGUUUCAGGUUGAAUACGCAUCUCGUUACUCAUCAGCGAACCCAUACAAAAAACACCAUGUAAAUAUAGCAAAGUCUCAUUAACACUUGUGGUUUCAGUAUCUAUACCGAAAACUGGGCAACAAUUACCCUUUAUGUCCUAGGCGUUAUACUAAGCACUUUACACACGUCCCACAUAAUAUGUCACUUAAUUUCAUCACAAUCUUGAUUUAGGCACUAUGAUUUCUAUUUUAUAAUUGAGGAAACAUAAAUUAAUGUCACAGGUAGUGAAUGAAACCAGGAUUCUAACUCAGUAACUCAAUUACUGUUCAGAUUCCAUUUGUAUGAGCCAGAGAACAACACAGAACUUUUUUUAAAUUCACUUUUCAUGAAAAUGAAGGUUAUUGCUACAGUUCUUUUAAUUUUGUUUACAUGGUUUCUAAGUAAGUUUUAGAAGGAGGAGAAUUUAUUUAUUUUUUGCCAGUUCUGCAGAUAUAGUAUCUAGGAAAGUAACUACUUUUAUACCUGUUUUAUACUUUUUUUUUUGGCUGUAAUGAUCUGAAUGUAAUAUUUGUAUGUGAUUAUUCUUGUUUUACAUGUGAAUUUCUGGAGGGGUUUAGGAGCCUUUUUUCCCCCACAUGUGAAAAGUUCCCAAACAGGGGUACUAGUUGGUGCCAUGACAGCUGUUAGUAUCCGGGGAGUUCCCAUUCUCAGAUCUGAUGCCAGUGGCCUUUGUGAUUCAAGCAUUUACGAGGAAUUUGGCAGUCUGACUAUAGCCCUUUCUGGUGCCUGGACUUGAUCGAGGGAAAGAUACUUACUCUUCUCUGAGAAUGUUUACCUCCAAGUCUCUACUGAAGCACAUUACCUGCCUUGCUAUGAAUAAUAGUAACUAUUGUUUAGUGAGCAUGUUAGAUACUUUUGGUAUAUUACCUAAUUUAAUCUUCAGAAUAAAUCUAUGACAGAGAAAGGACUACUAUCAUUUCAUAAAUGAGGAAACUGAAGCCCCUAGUGGGUAAAGUCAGUACCUUCCACAAGACACAACAAUAGCAAUGUGCUGAAGCUGGCAUUUCAUCUUGGGUCUCUCUGAUGCUGAAGGCCGUGCAUUCUGAGACACCGUGUUAUGUGUUGGCAUGUGCACCACAUAUUAGCACUGCAAGCAGCUGAGAUAGGUGGGUGAGGGUGGUCCUCAUGGGGGUACCCUGUGCAUGUGCCUCCUGGAACCCCUUCACUCCCUUUGUGCUGUAUCUCAAGCCUGACUUAUAUUUGUGGUUAUAAAGCAACAGAAAGACUCUCCAGGACCUCAAGUUUAAACUCCCAUCCCUACGAUCAGAUGAGAGAUUGCAAACUACAGAGUACAGUCCUUAUGGUUUUAGUGAAAAAAAAUUUCCUCAUUGCCAAAGAAAAAUACAUAUAGAAAAUUGUUAGGUUUAACCAAAAUACUUGACAAUAUACAGGUCUUUCGAUACUGCUGUUAUGUAUAAAUAUUGGAGCAAAAUAUUGCUAAAUGGAAUGGUUAUUAAUGUUAAAGAUCCAGAGAAUCUUGUAAAUAUACAUUCAUAUGGGAUUUCUCUUUAAAGCAUAAUUGUGUACCUGCCAGCAAAACAGCAUUUAAAUGGGCUUUUGACUGGGAUGUGAGAAUGGUCUUAUUCUAUUUAAAUACAGCAUUUGCUAAAAUGAUAUUAUCACUGGGAAACCUCAUGAGCAAUAAUAGGCAUCUGUAGGACUAACUGGAUGGCACGUAGUACCUGGAAGAUGUGGUCUUCCUACAGAACAGCAGAUUGAGAAUUGAAUGUACAAAAAGAUGCUGGUUACUGCUGUAAGCUCUUAAGCCGGAAGAUAUGGUUGAUGAGUAAGGAAAAUAGAAGCCAAUACCCCUACCCCAGGGAGGGGUAUUCCUUUUUCCCUUUUUUUGUUCUUAUUUCUUGUUUGCAGAUCCACAGUUGAGACCCCGUGCUCUGUAUGUCAAGGUCACACUUGGCUCUUUGUUUCUGAUGUCUCCACUCUUAGGAUACAGGACAGCAGUCUGCUGGGGCUUCAGGGUCUUAAAUAAAAAAGCAAGGUCUUCUGUAGGUUUUUCUUCAGCAAGUCUGUCUGUCUGAGGUGCUUAGAAUUGUGUAGAAAAAUGGUCUCCAGUUAGAUUUCUUAGCAGCCAGCUCUGGGAUAUAAUGAUCUUUGCCAAAUGCCAGGAAGCACCAAUCUCCCUGCUCUCCUGCUCUGCCUUUAGUGGGAGCAGCUGGCAUGGUGCCUCAUCAGUACAUAUUAGGGGCUCUCAUAUUUCAGCUGACUGAAUGAAGAGUUGCAGGGUGGGGAAUAAAAUUGGGAAAGCGGCUCCUCCUAGCAGAGUUGCUGCAGAAAGAAGUAGGGAAGUCUGUCUUAGAAGGCACUUGGACAGAAUGGGGCUGACAUACAGAUAGAAGCUGUCAUCCUUUCGUCUGCUCCUAAGAAAGAAUAGGGCAAGGUGAGGAUUUAUGCCAUCAGUGCUAUUCUGCACCUCAAGACGAAAAGUCGUCUUUCCAGAUGAGGCUUCCUUCACGAUGAACUUCAGGUUUUACAUUUUUCUUUAUUUUCCAGAUUUUGGAAGAUUAUGCCAAACCUCCAAAAGAGAUUAGAAAAAUAGCACUUCUGCAAAAACAUUAACAUACCCGUGAGUCUAAUUAAAAUGCCUUUUUGGUGUAAUAUUGUUAGUGAUUGGUAUGCAGGAAAAAGUUAAAAAGAAACCCAAAGCUCUGAGUGUCAGUUACUGUGAAAGAGGCAUAUUUUCCGUUGUUGCCUUUUUGUGCAUCUGAACCUAAACACAUUUGCUGGAUGUAAUUCAAGCUGCUCUGAGCCCAAGUUGCUGAAGGAAGAGGUCAGUAUCUGCCAGUGCGAUCCAUGCUGUUUUUAUGAUGAUGGUUUUUUUACCCUUCUCUUUACAGUGUCAACUGAUGGAGAUAGAUUCCACAGAUUGUCAUUAACCCAGAGAUGAUAUUAGCCUACCAGGUUAGCAUUAACAUAUACUGGAUAAAAGUUAAUAUAGGGAUGAAAAACUAAAUGCAGGAGUUUAUUGCUUUGAACAGUUGGUUCACUACAUUUUGUAGCAUGGAUGUUGAUCCACCGUGCAGAGUGAAAACUCUGUACUGAAGAAAUUAAGUCUUGAAUAAAUUUCUUGGUUUUUGUUGAUGCAGUGAUGAAAAUGUUUAUCAAAUCCUUAAUGUGAUUGCCAGCAUAUCAGGGUCUGUAACAGCCAUCACUGAGGAAAACAGCAUUGUUCCAGUAGUAUUCAGAUGUCAACAGUUUAUACUUUGUAAUUAAAGAAAUUGUGGAAUUUAGUUGUUAUUCUUGAAGGAGUUGGACUCAAAAUGGCUUUGUUUAGGACCUUUGUUACAUUGGGUAAUACUUCAUUCACAUCUCCCCAUUUAACAUAGAAAAUGACUAACCCAGUAAUUCAGGGAGUUAAGACUAAAAGCAAGUGACAUUUCACAGCAAGUGCCAUUUUGAAUCUUUGACUCCUGAGAUCCCAUAUAAAUAAGUGGCAUUGUUCUGAUGACUGCAGCAUGGUAUACGAUCUGAUACCGACGAUUUUGCUCAAAGUAAUCUGACAAUUUACUGCAUAUACGUACAAAGCAGGCUAUAGUUUAUCUGAAUAGAGUCUAUUUUGAAUUGUUUAUUAAACUUGUUAUCGCUAUAGGAUUUCAGUAGGAAAGGGUUUUUGCUUUGACCAUCUGUUUGAAAGUAACUAAAUGAUCUUCAUUAGAAGUGUAUUCAUCUGUUUUAGUUUUAUAGAUUGAGAGAGCUAUUGAUCUGAUACCAAGAUGACCAUUACCCAUCUUUUCAUGGCCCAUCUGACUACUGGUGUUUCAUCUUUUAUUUUUUGACAUCUCUCCUCACAUUAACAGUCUGGGGAGGAUGGGAAUAUGACACAUACAUUUAUAUAAACCUGAGAAUAUGCUGCAAUUUCUAGUUCCUUUGGAUACCUCAGAAGUAUGUUUGUUUUAUGCACUUGUACUGUUUAUGUCUGUUUAAUGUUUCGAUUUUACUGUUUUUGGUGCAUUCUCAUCAGUCAGCUCUAGAUUGCAAGCUCUCAUCAGGCAGUGAUUAUGUCUAUCCGAUGUGCAAUUUGGCAUCUAAUAAAUGC